AGAUCACUGCCGCAAUUCUCAUUUCCUUUUUUCCGCAUUUCUUUUUUUUUGUGUCAUCCAGUCCCUGUCCUCUCUGACAUAAUUGUCACCCAGCAAAUGUCUGCUACAGCGAAAGGGCUUUCUUCCCUGAAUGUAAUUUAUAACUUAGGCUACCUCUUCAGUAUUAGUUUCCAGAGCAUCCUGUUCAUGAUUGCAUAUUAAUAACCCAAUCUGCAUUAAGUGAAUUGAAAAAAAAAAAGUGUGCGCAUAAUGUGUGUGUGUGAAACAUAUGGCCUCAUCCUGCCCAUAUGCCGACCUGAUAAGUUAUGUAAGCGUAAUAUUUUAGCCUUGUUGAUCCUCCUGAAAAUGAUGAAAAAGAACCAGAGGGCAAACAAAAAAAUACAACAAAUUAGAAGGGAAAGAAGGAAUGAAAAUCUGUCGUUUUUAUUUUACCAUUUUCUUUAUAACAUUUUAUCCCUAAAGAAUGUUUAGUUUAUGGAUACUACUGCUGACAUCUGCCUUGUACCUCAGCACAUAACUACCAUAGUAGACAUAACAGUAAGAAAUGCCCUUGUUAUCUGUACCUUAGAAACAAUGCCAUAGUAAAAUGGUCAUGCAAACUUCAGUCACCGAUUGGCCAGUUGUGUGGCUGCUGCUGUGUGCUCUAUCAUGUCAUGCUUGGAAUCGUAUUGUAGCGCUCCACAUUAUGCUCUGUAUUAAUGAUGUCAUCUGUAUUAAUGAUACAGGCUCCAGCCUGAAAACUGUUUGUUGACUAGACCACAUUAACAUGUGCUUCAAGUUUACCACGAUAAUAUUCUGGAUAUAAUGUGUGUUAGAACCUGUUCAGGACACAAGGUAUGAUGGUAUUGUUGCAAGAAAAGGAAUUAUACAGUGGACACUUGUUUAGAGUGUUUCAUUAGUUUACUAUGAUAGUCUUUUAAGAUUUUAAAAGAUUUUACAGAAAACUUUUAACCUCAAUUUGUCAUUCUUAGUGGCUGUCAUUUUUAGAGUUAUGCAGUGUAAACAGUGAUAUAUAUCAGUAACAUGUAUUAGUUACAGGUAAAUACACAAUUCACAGGCUAAUUCAAUUCGAGGUCAAUAUUUUUGUAUGAUUUGAUCAGAUCCGAGCUGUCAAAUCCACCUUGAACUUGAUUUAUUUUUAAGCAAAUCCAUCUUUAUCCCUUGUUCCACGUAUCGUCACUACUCAUUCAUCAACUACUGCUUUAAUCCCCUGCAGGUUCAUGGGGUUGACACUGCACUGAAACAAUGGAGUUUACACUUUUUAACAACCUUUGUAAUACUAGAGUUCAGAAGAAAUAAAAAGUUUUUUUAAAUUUGAACCUCAGUUAAACAAUUUAACUUCAGUAGAUCAGUGGAUUUUAGUCUUUACAAUUUAUCAAAUCGUUAGUUUUAAAUACUAUACUAUAUACUAUUAUUUUAAGAAUACACAUCCCAUGAAUAUCUGGGUCCAGUUACUUUAUGCUGAGGCAGAUACUGUAUAUUCAGAAGCAAAUAAUAACUUAGUCACACAGUUGUAUUUACAGUAUUUUUACAUGCUUACAUGUCCACUCAGUGUUGCAUCAUCAGUCUCGGCCUCGGAGGCUGCAGGCUUUCCAAACCUGGCUCAACCCUGUCUGUUCUUCAUGUUAAUAUGUGAGGCCGCUCACUGUUUGCUGCUUAAAGAAAGUGGGAGAGCAGUGAUGAGACAGUUUAUCAUCACUGCAGAGAUAAGGACGUCUGAAGGAAGGGUGUAACGACAGGGGGAUUCUCUACAGACUCCUAGCCAACAACAAAGAAAGAUGGACAGACAGAGAGAGGAAGCUGCUUUCUCUCAUACCAACAGAUGGGAGCCGUAGCCACCAGGUCAAUAUUUACUCAUUCUUUGUGGGAAAAGUUGGCAGCGUUACUUAAGCCGCUUCAGUAGCGAGCUGUGAGAUCAGCCUGAUCUGUGUGAAAAAGUCAGUGAUGUACAGAAGCAACACUCGAGCCACGAUCAUUUUCCCUCAUUUGUACUGCGUGUGUUCGUCCCUCCUCACUUUACCCAUGGCUCUAUUCACUGUGGGGAUACAUGUGAACGCAAUUUGCACUUUCAAUUAAACUGUCGACCUUCGCUCUAGAACGCAAGAUUUGAUUUCGUACCAUCCUCUCCUGGAUAGCUAUUAUUACACAGCCAGCCCAGUAAAAGAGAGUCUAGGAUUUUUCACUAUACUGACGUAGAUCAUUGAUGUCAGCAAAAAUAAUUUUCGCUCCCACAGUCAAUAUUCAUUUUGAUUGGACUGGGCACAAUGACAAUUGUCAUUUAUUUCCUUCAUGCUGCUAGUUAAAAUCCCUAAUCGCAUAAAGACAUUUAUCACAGUCAUAUAAACCAGUGGUUCUCAAACACUUUUCCCAGGAACACUAGUGUUCAGAUUUCACUAAAUUGGCAUGGAAACUAUUUAUUUACUGCAAAUAAUGUUUUUGUUUAUGUGACAGGCACAUUAUAUACCCUUCCUCUAGAAGUCAGUAACAUGGCUGUAAAAAGUUUUUGUUUGGUGGGAUAUUUCUAAUAUAAAAUUUGUGUCAUGGUGCAAAAAAUAUAUAAACGAUGUGACUCAUUUUUAGUCAACUAAUGUGAAAAAGAAAAAAGUAUGUGUGUCUGAUUCAGAGUGUAGCUUGUUCACUUUGAGAUUAAAUGAAGACGAUGGUACAGAAAUACAUACAUAUGGCCAGGGUUCAGGGUUUGCCUGCAGCGUGCUGAUGAGCCUCUAACGUGGCUGCAACACAUGACUUGGUGGUCAGGUCAGAUGACUAGAUAAACAGCAAGAAUGCCGGGUCUUCUGUAUUCUACAGCACCGCUGUUGUCUAGCAGAGAUAGGAGGUGCUUUUGUGUGUGUGUGUGUGUGUAGAGUGUGUGCACCAGAACAUUAUAUUUAAUCAUCUCACUACUGGAGGAGAGGAAAAGAAAAAAAACGAGGAGUACAGAUAGUCAAGGAUUAUAGAGUUGAGAUGCUAUAGAUAAGUAAAGUGUUAUCAUUAACUAAGAUACAUAUUCAUAAAGGUCUGUUCCCUUUUUUAAUUUAUUUUAUGCUCUGAGAUAUUUAAUGUAUGCUUCGACUAUUGGAUCUUAAUGGCAUUUUCUCUCGGCAAUCCUCCUGAGUUUCUGCUCGUAAAAUAAAUACUGCUCUAUGUGCUACAGGCCAUAAAGAAGCAAACAAAAUUCAGACCCAGUAUAAACACACACGAGUUCUCUCAGAUAGAUUUUCAGUGAGUGCCAGAUAUUUGUCAAAGGCCCCUAGCGAUUUCUCAUCAACCACUUCUUGCAUGUCAUUUAAACAAACCUCGUGGCUUAGCGCAUAAAUCCACCAGAUGGUUAUCAUAACAAACUGUGGAAGUAUGCAAAGUUUAGAAGUGUGUCUCAGUCUAGGCACAUCACGAGAGUGUGCCCUAAUCUCUUUUUGGACAAUCGUGGGAGAAAACCAUUUGUUAAAUGACUACAUCAUAUCAGAAGAUCAGGGAGAUGGCUGUUCUCUAAUGAUCAAGCCUCAGGAGAAACGUUUUUAUGAAAGCACUGUACACGACUUCACAAGUCGAUGACAGGAUAGCUCAAAAUAACAACAAAGUUUUACAGAGGUAUGAUCUAAAUUUUAAAAAUGUGAUUACGUACAUUGCAGUUUAAAUGUAAGUCGGAGGCUGCAUACAUUUUUUGUGGAAAAUGAGUCAUUUAGUGAACAGGAAGUGUCUUGCGGUAUAGUUGUUGCUGUAAUCACCAUGAUCAUGACAGCAGCUCUGACUAAAGUACUUCAUAAAAUUGUAUUUGUUUUUUUUUUGUCACUACUCCUGCUCUCGAAAACUUAAACUGGUUAAUGUUCGUAGGCAGGAAUGGUUUGGUUACAUCAGCAGCGACUACAUUAUCAGACUUCAAAUUCAGCUCAGUAAAUCAGUGGUUUAUAAGUGGUUCUCUCUGAGACCCCAGCAGCAUCUCUGAAUUUCUUUCUUUGAGAUUAACUGGUGGAUUACCUUUAGAAUUUAAUGUUGUUUAACUGUGAACACAGUACAGCUAAUUACAAUCAGGGACCUUGAUUGGACAACUUACACCCCUACUGGUGUGUUGUUGGAUUAGUUCGGUUUUUCACUCUUUUCAGUGUUUGUGUGCGUGUCAGUGGUUAAACUGGAGCUUGGGAAUGACACAGUUAAUGUGCAUUAUAUGUACAACCACAAAGAAACUACAGCAUGUCAACCGUGUUUCCCGAACAUUGAACAACCCGAGGGAACCGAUAGCAAACAAACGCCUGCUGUACUAAAUUGAGUAAGUUACCUUGUGAUACUUCAAAGGUUGGUCGUAUUCCAGACAACACAGCUCAGGUCCACUUGUGGUUCAACUUGCAGCGGCCCAGCCAAAACAUAAUCAAACGAACAAACACAGCACAAAUGUGUCGUUUAUUAUUGUGAACCCAUAAAUGUGUCAGUAGUACAACUGUAGUUACAGGCAGUAAACCACACUGCCAUUCAGUUGUAUAUGUACAAUUCUGUCGUUGACACCUUUCUAAUAAAUAAACUAAUAAUAUAUUAUGAAAGAUCUGCAUUUAAAACAUCUUAAUCAGAGCUGCUCCACCAAAAUUUUAGUGUCUGUUUGUCACACUACUUGUUCGACACAAUAGGACCAGAGGACAGCCAAAAAUACUUUGUCCCACUUUUGUCCCCGUUUUCUGCGGUCGGUAACAAAUAAUUAAAACCAACUAGCCAUCUCCUGCCGUAAGACUUAGUCAUUUUUAAAUGGCUGGAGAAAUGGUGCCUUAGAUCCUACAGUAUGUGCCCUGAAAUGUGUUGUAUUUUAUGAAUUGUUUUUUUCCCACACAGUGUGACAAUAUUGUAGUAUAGAUAAAACAAGGAAAAUAUACUCUGUUCUAAACAUAGCUACUUCUCUUGUCACGCCGUUUUUUAAAAAUUCUUUUAUCCAAGACGAAAGCUAAAAUUUGCUCUGCCUUCCCUCUGUGACUCAGGAAAUAGAACAUAGACCUAGUCUUCCUCUCACCUUCUCCCUCCGUCGAGAUUUUACACUUUAGUUUUCUCUGCUUGUCUUAUUUUGGCCUUCAGGGAGCUGACUGCUGACAGCAUCAUAGUAGAAAAAAAAAUCUGAGAAGUCAAAGAAGGUGAAAAAUGUUCUGAGCGUGUGCAUCACUUUAUUCCUCUGCUUUUCUCAGAUUUUCCAAACAUUCCUGCCAUCUCAAAUUUCGCUAAAAAAGAGACACUAAUUCAGUGCUGUUCUACUGACAGAACCCAUGAGACCCAUAGAGCUUUUUCAUUUCCUUAAUAUUUAGGUAAACUCACUCGCAGUCCAUGAAGAGACAGGGUAGAAAUAAUUGGACUGGAUCAGUUCCAAAACCCAUGGUCAGCCACCCUGUGUAGAUCAGAUGAGUGAAGAGACAGAAUUACAGCAGAGAAUUUGGUUUAUGUCUGGUGGAGGAAAGGAGACAGAGACAGAGGCAUAAAGUGGUGACCGUGAGCUGUGGUGACCGUUAGCUGUGAAGCUGAAAGAAGAGAUGAGUAAAAAAGAAAAUGAAGUUGACAAUAGUCAUUCUCAUCAUUAAGAUUAACAGCUGCGUUCAGUUCUGGUUUGGAGGGUUUGGACUUAAAUUUUAUUUAAUAAAAGAUAAGAACGAGACUGAUGCCCUCUGAAUGUCUUUGACCGAUAAAGUCUUGUCCUGGAAUUAAUAUGUGCAGUGACCAAAACUCUUCUGAGUACUUAGUGCUUCAGUACUUCCAUUUCCAUUGGGGUGACCCCGUUAUCAAGAGUGAGAAAUCAGUGUAAGAGCCUGUCAACACUAUGGGACGCAGCUGCUUGAAAAUCAGACGACAGGAGGGUUUUUUUUUUUUUUUUUUUCAACUCUAUAGUUAGAUACCCCCGUGAUACUAAAUGGCAGAAAACCACUCCAAAAAAAGAACACUAUCUGACAUCAGUUAUCUGUAGUGAUUUUGUAGUGACUAAUCUGCCGUAUUUGUCAGUAAUUGUACGUUUGUUUUACGGCAACAUUUUGUCUGCAGCAAUCAAUCUAUUAUGAACCAACAGCUUUAUAUUCUGUUUAAAAAAACACUGCAUUGUUUGAGAAAAGUGUUUAAUUAGAUGAAAUAUUUGGUUUCACCUUUCCAGAAUGUCAAUAUUUAGUUGUUUCUUUAUGGCCACAAGAAAAGUCAGGGACGUUGUUGUUAUUUCGAGAAAACAAAAACCCAGAGUGUGGGAAUGUGCAUCAAGGUUUUUGCAUGUAUUAGAGUUAUAUUUAGCGGAAGCUAUUUCAGAUAGCGUGGAUAAUGUCACUUCCCCAGCCAUAACCGUCUCACCUGUGGGAGUGUUUGUGUGCUUGGCUACAUUAACGGCAUUGUCCUUUUAAUCAGCACCCCUGUGUGUUUCCCCUGUAGAGCUGUCACGGGCUGAGAGAUGAUGGUAGACCUGCUAUUUAAAUCCUCAUGUUGGUACCAGGCUCAUACCUGAUGCCCUAAUCUGAGGAAUCCUUAACGCACCACUGGAUGGUGCUUUAUAUAGUAAAUAUUAAUUGAAAAUGGCAGAAGAACGUAUAAAAAAUGUCUGAUAUUUUCCAUUCUCACUUGACUUGAAGUAGCAAUAGUGCUAGUUGAGUUUCCGUAGUAGACUCUGUUUGUUGUUGAAUUGAUUUUAUAUUAGUCCUAUUGACAUCAAAAGGGUUGCAUUGCCUUUUUACAACAUACUCAACACAUGAGCACAGAUAAAUGAAUGGUAAAUACACCCUUUUCGCACCUGAGGUUUCUCUCGUUCUGACCGUCUAUCUGGGCCUUAUCAUGUUCUAACCCAUUUGCCCUGCACAUUGUGAGUACUGAUCACUCUGUGUACGCGUGACCUUCAUAUUUUGGCACAGAGCCUUCCCACUGAUCCGUUUUCCUGGCUGAAGUGGCCUGUGAACAGCUCUCGUCCAGCGAGGCCACUUGACAUGCAUACUAUUUGAUCCAUAUAAGCUGCCACUGUGGGCGUGACCCAUACAGAUGAAGAGCAGAGAGGUGAGAGAGAGAGACAGAGCUGGGAUAUUUAUCCCCAGAGUGGCUGAAUACCUGAGAACAGACUUGUUACAGCCAAACAGAGGUGACCACGCCAUGACCGAUGGCAGGAAAGUUGUUCCCAGAGUCACGGUGUGAAUGUGGCCUUGUGUGACUCACAUUGGUAUCACCUGAGGGACUCGGUUGAUUGUGCACCCCUUGGAGUCUGUUUUUUUGCUCAAUUUCUGUGGAGCGAGCUCAGGACAAAAACAAACAAAAAACAAACCCCACAAGCUCCUCUUUUGAGUGAUGGUUUCUCCAGGAUGUAAAAAACACUGUUUUCGUCUACUGAACUGUCUCGGAUAAAAUGACCUGGAUGACUGAAACCUACAUAGAGUUUUAAAACCCCUAACCCAAUGUUAUGCUUAAACUGUGUGUCAACCUGCUGACUGUCCUUAAUUCACCUGUUUGGCUCAGAGGGGUCUGUUUUGACAAUUUGGUGGCAUCAUUUUCUGAUAUCUUGCUUUAUUUUUUCUGUACUUUAGUUUUUCUCUGCGUAUACUCUUCAUGCUUUGUUAGCCUUAAAAAAAUCCAUCUUAUGUUCAGUUUAAAUUAUUAAAUUCUACUGAAAGGUGUUGUCCGUUAAAUGAUUAGAUCCUUAAUCCUCCAACACUUUGGACUCGACAUAAAGUUUUUUAAGGUCAGCAUCGACUCCUUUCCUGGUGGUGACUAAAUAAAAUCUGACUCACCUGUAUUUGUCACCUUAACAAAACAAUAUAACAACGUUAAUGUCAGCACACAGUUGACGUUGUUGUUUAAUUUUUGAGGGCCUUGGGCCUUUUUUUGCUUCCUGUUUGUUUUAUUAUCUGUUGUUUUAUUGGUCUCUGGGAAAUUCAGGCUGUUGAGCACAGCUACAGAUGGUUCCUCUGGGAAACACCCAUGAUUCAGGAAAUGGCCAUACAGGAUGUAAUAGAACUUAUGCAAACAACCAAACAAUGGAAAUCAAAAUGACAUGUUUCCCAGAUAACAGCACGUUAGAGGUUGUGUCUUUUGCAUUUAUUAAUAAUGUGUAAUUUUAAAAGAGACGUGUUAAUGCAGAUAAGACAUCACAGUGCAUUAGAUUAAUUAAACUUCUCCCCAUAGUUAUUAAAACUAUGUUGCUUUAUUCUUCCCCUACUCUGCCCAGGGGGAUGUGUUUUAUGAGGUUCAGUGUGAAUGUCACAGGAUACAUUUUUAUUGCUCUUCCUAACUAAAUGGCAUUAAAAUCCGAUCAUCCCUGAUGUAAAUAAAAUUUGCAGCAGAGCAGCUUUUUUUUACACAGCUGUUAAAAUAUAUCCUGUCCUGUCUGUGCUAAUCUGUCAGUUUUCAUCUUCAGCUUGUUUAAAGAAAGCAUUGCUGUGACCGUUGAGGCGAACACACUUGUUUCCAAAUACAGGAAAUGUGGCUGAAACUGUUAUGUCUGUGCACUGUAUGCUUUCAGCGAGCUUUUAUCCUCGCCGACACACCCACUGCUCAUGAGUUACAGAGGAGAGGAGGUGCUGCAGCAGCUGCUGCUGCUGUCUUGUUUGCUAACUCAUUAUCACCACUCCUUCUAUUGACUCCUUCAGGGAAGCAGAUUCCCAUUAAAAGUGUGUUUAGUAGAAGCCGGAGGAAUGAUUGAAAUUGUGCACAUGUUGGAGAAGAUGAGGGUGGUGCGUGUGAGUGCAGCCCAGUGUGGUGUGAGCGACGACAAUUGUGCAAGGACAGAGAGCUCCAGUGCUGCUGUUUGUCAGUAGUUCCCCUCUUCCCUCAGUGAUCUGUCCGUGUCUCUUUUACCUGGUUUGUGAGCAGCCAUGACAAAAUCGUACGAGUUCAACUGGCAGAAGCAUCUGCCUGAGUUCAUGCAGGAAGGUGCUUCAUUUGACAGGUUUGAUGAGGACCCGUACAUGUUUGAGCCUAACUGUCAGAUGAAGGUGGAUGAGUAUGGCUUUUUCAUGAGCUGGAAAAGUGAGGGAAAGGAAGGCCAAGUCCUCGAGUGUUCGCUCAUUAACAGUAUCCGUGUUGGUGCCGUCCCAAAGGAUCCAAAGAUCUUGUCAUCAUUCGAGGCCGUUGGAAAGACGGAGGCAGACUUGGAAGGUUGUGUCAUCUGCAUCUGCAGCGGCACUGACCUGGUCAACUUAAACUUCAUGUUUAUGGUGGCAGAGAAUCCUGACACGGCCAGGAAGUGGACCGAGGGUUUAAGGUCCGUGAUUCACAAUGUCAAGGCCAACAACGUUUGUCCAAUGACCUGCCUCAAGAAACAUUGGAUGAGGUUGUGCUUUGUAACCAACACAAAUGGGAAGAUUCCUGUGAGAGGCAUCACGCGAACAUUUGCAUCAGGGAAGACAGAGAAAGGCAUUUUUCAAGCUUUGAAAGACCUGGGCCUUCCUAGUGGAAAGAACGAUGAAAUUGAACAAUCAGAUUUCACCUUUGACAUUUUCUACCUGCUGACACAGAAGAUCUGUCCCCGCACGGAUAUUGAGGAGCUCUUUAAGAAAAUCAAUGGGAACAAAACUGAUUUUUUAACUGUAGACCAGUUAGUCAGCUUUCUGAAUGAAAACCAACGAGACCCUCGGUUAAAUGAGAUUCUGUUCCCAUUCUAUGAUCCCAAGAGAGCCAUGCAGAUCAUAGAGAAAUAUGAGAGGGAUGAUCUGCUGAAGAAGAAAGGUCUCAUGUCCAGUGAUGGAUUCUGUCGUUACCUGAUGUCAGAUGAAAAUGCUCCAGUUUUCUUGGACAGACUGGAGCUGUGCCAGGAAAUGGACCAACCCCUGGCUCACUACUUCAUCAGCUCCUCCCACAACACUUACCUGACAGGCCGACAGUUUGGAGGAAAGUCGUCGGUGGAGAUGUACCGUCAGGUUCUGUUGUCUGGAUGCAGGUGUGUGGAGCUGGACUGCUGGGACGGGAAGGGAGAGGACCAAGAGCCGAUCAUCACACAUGGAAAGGCCAUGUGCACAGAUAUCUUAUUUAAGGAUGUCAUCCAAGCCAUCAGAGACACUGCAUUUGUUACUUCAGAGUACCCAGUUAUUUUGUCCUUUGAAAAUCACUGCAGUAAACCCCAGCAGUACAAGAUGGCCAAAUAUUGUGAGGAGAUUUUUGGGGACCUGCUUCUCAAACAGCCUCUGGAGAACUAUCCGAUUGAGACUGGCCGUGCACUGCCCUCUCCGAUCGAACUCAAGCGUAAAAUCCUCAUCAAAAACAAACGAUUGAAACCUGAAGUAGAGCAAAAACAACUUGAGGCCUUUAAGAAGCACAUGGAAGCAGGAGAGACCAACACCCCUGCCAUCAUUAUGGGGGAGGAGAAUGAAGACGACACAGAGAAUGGAGAAAAAGAUGGCGAAGAAAAGGACCUAAAUUCCGAGGCUCUGAGUCUGUCGGAGGCAACGAGUGAGAAGGAAGCAAACGGUGUUUCACAGAGAGGCACGAAGAAGAAUGAGGAACGCAGCAACAGUAUCAAGAAGGUACCUGGUUAUGAUGAAGUGACAGAGAUGUCUGAAGCCACCGAGGCUACAGAUGUCACAGAUGUUUCUGAAGCCUCCGACCAAGACAAUAACAAGAAGGGUGGAGAAGAGACAGAAGACUCUGAAGAAGCUCUCAUAGCUCAGUACACCUACGUAGGAGCCACCACCAACAUCCAUCCGUACCUCUCAGCCAUGGUCAACUACGCACAGCCUGUCAAGUUCCAGAGCUUUGAUUUGGCAGAGGAAAGAAACAUCCACCACAACAUGUCGUCUUUCAAUGAGUCUGUUGGUCUGGGCUAUCUGAAGACCAAUGCCAUAGAGUUUGUCAACUACAACAAGCGUCAGAUGAGCCGCAUCUACCCCAAAGGGGGCAGGGUAGAUUCCAGUAAUUACAUGCCUCAGAUCUUCUGGAACGCAGGCUGCCAGAUGGUCUCACUCAACUUCCAGACCCCAGAUCUUGCAAUGCAGUUGAACCAGGGGAAGUUUGAAUAUAACGGCUCCUGCGGAUACCUUCUGAAGCCUGACUUUAUGCGGCGGUCAGACAGGAUGUUUGAUCCGUUCUCAGAGACGCCGGUCGAUGGUGUUAUUGCUGCAACCUGCAGUGUACAGGUGAUUUCCGGACAGUUUCUGUCAGACAAGAAAAUAGGCACAUACGUGGAGGUGGACAUGUACGGUCUGCCCACAGACACCAUCAGGAAAGAGUAUCGCACACGUAUGGUGAUGAACAACGGACUGAACCCUGCCUACAACGAGGAGCCCUUCGUAUUCAGAAAGGUGAUCUUACCAGAUCUUGCAGUGUUGCGGAUCGCGGUGUAUGACGACAACAACAAGUUGAUUGGCCAGCGGAUCCUGCCUCUGGAUGGCCUUCAGGCCGGCUACCGCCACAUCUCUUUGAGGAACGAGGGAAACAAACCGCUGUCUUUGCCCACCAUCUUCUGCCAAAUCGUCCUCAAGACCUACGUUCCAGAUGGAUUUGGAGCUAUCGUGGACGCCCUGUCAGAUCCAAAGAAAUUCCUGACCAUAGCGGAGAAAAGGGCUGACCAGAUGAAGGCGCUCGGCAUCGACACGAACGACAUUGCAGACGUCCCCAGUGGAAGUUCUAAGAAUGACAAGAAGGGAAAGGGCAAAGGUGACACGGUGAAGGCCAGCGUGACACCACAGAGCAGCUCGGACAUGGCCCAGACGUCCAACUCUGCUCAGAACAACACGGCAGAGAACAAGAAGGACAACGCACUUGUGCCUAACGUCAGCAUUGAUGACUUGAAACAGAUGAAGACGUACCUAAAAUUGAUUAAAAAGCAACAGAAGGAGCUGAGUUCAUUGAAGAAGAAGCACUUGAAGGAUCAGAAUGUAAUGCAGAAGGCCCAUUGUACUCAGAUGGAGAAGAUGGUGUCUCUGCAUGACAAGGAGAAAACCACACUGGAGAAGCUAGUGGAGAAAGCAAUCAAGAAACGAGGGGAAAACAACUGCCAGGAGCUGAAGAAGGAGACGGAAGAUAAGAUCCAAACACUGGUCACCGAUCAUAAAGCCAAGGUAAAGGACAUCACAGCACAGCACACCAAGGAGUGGUCGGAGCUGAGCAGCGGUCACAGCAGCGAGGAGCAGGAAAUGAAGGACAGCCACGUCACGCAGCAGUGCGAACACCUCAAGAAGCUGUUAGCCAGUGUUCAGGAGCAGCAGACAGUGCAGCUCAAACUCAUUCACGACCGACAAAGCAAAGAAAUGCGGGCCAACCAGGCCAAGAUGUCCAUGGAGAACAGCAAAGCCAUCAGCCAGGACAAGAGCAUCAAAAACAAGGCAGAGCGAGAGAGGAGAGUCCGUGAGUUAAACAGCAGUAACACCAAGAAGUUCAUGGAUGAAAGAAAGAGACUGGCUAUGAAGCAUCAGAAAGAGUUGGAACAGUUACAGAAAAACCAGAGAGAACAGUUGGAGAAACUGGAGAAGUUCAACGAACAGCUUUUGAAAUCACACCAUGCAAACAAACACCUUCAAGGCCAAGGACAUGCAGCAGAUGGUGAAGCUGGAGGAGGAGAUGGACCGCAGGCCUGCCACAGUGGUGUGAGCGACUGAAACCCACACACAAACACACACACUCUCACUCCUACACACGCAAGCAGCUCCAGACAGCUCUGUUCAACCGAGUGACGAAAACCCUGCCUUCACCACUGUCCGUGUAACUUCUCUGUCCAAGUCACGUACUUUAGAUUUUCACUCUCUUAUUUCGUCCUCUGUCUGUUCGUCUGUUCUGCACACCCUCCCCCCCAGCCCACCUCUCUUAUUUUAUUACACUGAGUCAUUGGUGCUUAUCACUGUUUGACAGGAUUCAACCACUUAUCCAGUAAGGAAAUGUUACUUUAUGAGAUGCAGCAGUGUCGGACGUCUCCCCUCCUCCACUCUGUGUGUAGAACUGAAUUUCCUGUUCUGCUCACUGUUCUCUGCAAUCUAAAAUCUCACACACACUCAAAUGAAUGUGUUCACUCAAGGGUUAGAUUGAAGUGGACAUCUGUUCCUUUUUCAAUACUUUUUUUUUUUUCGUAUCAGUACCCAGUUAGAGAGAGUCUAGAGGAGGGGAGAAGAAUAUGUAUAAGACGUGUCAUUUUAUAGCACAAAUGAUUAAACAGAGUGGAAUACACUGUCCUGUACUGUACGUGACACUCUGUAUGUAACAGGCCAUCAAAUCAAUGUGAAAGAUGUAGCAGUGCUAAAGACUCCUAGUUUAGUUUGUUGUAAUAAGAAUGUAUUUUCUAAAGAGAAAUUACAAUAUGGAAGAAAAGGAAUCAUCUGUCACUCUUUGACAGUGACUUAAAUGUAUUUGACAUGUUUGUUUGUUGUCACUGUUACACCCCUAGUCUUUAAGAUACCAUGAGGAUAAAUAUCUCUGAAUAUUUGAAUUAUAUCUACCUUGAUUUAUAGAUAUAAAGACUCCUACGGUUUUCUGUUUACAACUGCAAAACUUUCCAAAUCGAUACUUUGAUAUUCAUCUUUCAAGUUGACAUUCAUAGUAUUAGAUAAUUCAAGUGUCUGCCAAGUAUUACAGCAAAGCCUUUAAUGAAGUGUAAUACUAACACGGAGGUUAAAGGUAUAGUAUGCAGCAAUUUAUUUUUAAAUGAACCGGAAAAUGAAUUAAAAUGAAAUGUAUCGUUUUAAUUGACUGGAGGUUGAAGGUGUUAUUAAUUUCCUAUGUUAUUAUUAAGUCCAUUUAUUGUUCUAUUUUAAUCUACACUUAUCCUGCUGUCUUUUGCAAGCAGUCUGGACACUUCUAUAAACCAACUAGGUUGAAGUAAUGAAAUUAAACAUAAUUAUGUUAGGUUUUUUGGAAAACAUUGUAACCUAAAUCUAAACUGCUGCAACUAACCACCUACUCUGUCACGAGGUUCAUUUUCUAUACCCGAUGGACAAUCUUCUCGACAGAGGCUAGCUACUUGUUUUUACUCACUAAAAUAAAAAAAUAAAUAAAAUGUCUGCAUACUAUAUCUACAGUGUUUUCAGUACAAUACCAUUCAAGAUUUACUUUCAUCAUCAUCAACCAGCCAUUCAUGUCACUUUAUUCCAUCAGUUUCCAACUCAUCAAAACCACAUAAAGGGAAGCUCUCCCUUUAUAUUUUCCUGAUUGCACUUUAGAAACCUUAGCAGGUUCAACUCAAUGUGUCCCUGUUUGACUGCGUUCAAGGGCCAUUAAAAAAAAAAGCCCCAUAACGACAAGUCUACGACGGAGCUUGUUACGUAGCUUCCAUUAAAUCGCCACACAAGACCAGGUCUUCUCCCCUCAUGUCCCUCAGUGUUUCCCUUUAAAAUGUAUUAAAGAAAUACAGAAGGUUAAAGACCAGAAACUGCUGUAAUCAGCCCGGACACUGCUGAACAUAAACUGCUGCAAAGGGACAGAGAUGUCAUUCAGUCAUAGAUAAAGUAAAACCUGUGGGUACUGUAGUAACGUGCACAUACAAUCAUGCCAGGUCGUUGAAGUGCAAUGGUGUUACACAAAGACGAACCAAAACACACUAUCGUAUUGAUAACACACUUAAAACACAGAAAUAAAAGCACCUUGAGGUAUUUUGGCCUUUUGUUUUUUUUUUUUUUUUUUCUGCUGUUGUAAUCUGCUGUAAUCCAUUUAAAGGGUAGACGGGACUUUGUUGUAUAUACUGGAAUGUAUUUGAUUUUCUUUCAUUUACACUUGGGUUCUUUCAUUUAAGGGUAUGGGGACAGAAUUGGAGACUGGGUAAUCUAUUUUUUCACCACUUGGUUUUGUUUAAUUUGUUUGUUUUUUUUUUUCAAAUCUGCCCUUUAUGCACCGCGCAAACAGCAUAAAACUCUCACCACAUAUCUAGUGCAGAGAUUAACGAGUAAAAGUGCUUUUACAUUUUAUUCCAAUGCUUUCGAAAUGUGCCACUCAAAUGUGUCUGUUAGGAUGUUUAAAGUAUUUCAUGAAUGAUAAAAUGCCAAAUUAAGGGGUUAUUUAUAUGAAGAUAUAAAAAAAGAAUAUAUAUAUUAUAUAUUAAAUUUGUGUAGUUUAACAUUAUGUUUUUAGAGGCUUUUUUUGCACUAGUUGAAUGUCUGUUUUCUGUUGUGUGAUUACAUGUAACCUAAUGGCUCUGUUAGUUUGACUAAAAGCAGGUUAUUUUUUGCAGAGCGACAUCACAGGUUUUGAGUUUCUUGGAUUCUAUGUAUCUCCUCUCUGUUUUCUAUUUAAAUCGUAGCGUGUCGACAGACCAUUCUGUGUGUGUUUUUGUAUUUAUAUUGUAGUGUUGAACUUAUAGCAAUGAAAACACUGUUGUUAUCCGGCUCCUUUAAUACUGUUUUAUAGUAUGUGUACCAAUAAAUCCAGGUGUAAAAUGGGACAAAA